AUGCGAAUCCUCGCGCUGGCGAGCAUACUGCCCCGCGCUGAGAACAUAAAGAGCAGUGCUACACCCUUUUUCACUUGUGAACGACAGCCACUGACUGACAAGAACAAAACCGACCCGGGAAACUUGGGCAAAAGCCUCGAUCCUGUGCAUCAAUCCAAAAUAGACCAUUCAGAACUGGGUAUUGAUCCGGCGUUUCUCGGUUCUCCACUAAGGUUCUGUCUCAAUAGCCUCGGCAUCCCAGCCGGCCGAGGCGAUUGGCCAAGCUUCUUGGAUCGGCCUAACUCAGCUGAUGCGAAAGUUUAUAUCCUCCUGGACCAAGCUUCCUUAGAAUCCGUCAAGGCAGCCGGCGGAAAGGAAUACCAACUACUAAACCCUGACAAACACAAAGAACGGAUACUCAAAUCGGGCCAAGAUCUUUCAGACGUACGUCCGGACAUCGUACAUCAAUGUCUUUUGAUGUUACUAGAUAGUCCCUUGAAUCGUGUUGGGAAACUCCAGGUGUUUGUACGUACUCGAAAGAACGUUAUCAUUGAAGUGAACCCCAAAACUAGAAUCCCACGAACGUUUGACCGAUUUUGCGGUCUCAUCGUUCAACUCCUCCAUAAAUUAUCAAUCCAUGCUGCUACUGGAAGCCAUGAAAAACUCCUCAAGAUUGUGAAGAACCCCAUUACUCGACACUUCCCACCUGGAAUACCAAUAAUCGGAACAUCGUUCUCGGCAGAAGAGUGCAUCAAACCACGGGAAUUAGCCCAUUCAACACAGACUGCUGGUCCACAGUCCGUGGUGUUUGUGAUUGGAGCCAUGGCACAUGGGUCCAUUCUCAAGUCUUGUGGAGAAUUUCUCACUCGUAUUGUGAGUGUGAGCAACUUUCCUCUAUCGGCGGCACAAACUUGUGCACGAAUUUGCACGGCGUUCGAAGAAGAAUGGGACGUAGAGGAUUAUGUGAACAAUCAACAAAUUGAGUGAUCAAUGGACAGUUUGUAUUGUAUCAGAAAUAAAAC